UUCCGUCUCAGCUGAUUGAGGUCGUCUCUUCGCAUCGAUUGUGCAGGAUCUUGGAAGAUUAUUUUAGCAGCAUGAAGGGCAAUAAUGGUGAAACAAGCAAAAGUUGAUCCUCGUUAUUUUGAAGAUGAACCUGUCUUCCGUUCUUAUGCCUUGGUCUUCAGGCCAUAACGUGUGAAACACAAUACAUGUUUCUGAUCUAGGUUUUAAUAUUGUCAGUCAGAUUGCAGAAGUGAAGUACUUCUGAACAUGGCUGAGGCUGAUAGUUUUUAAGAAGUGUUAAUGAUUGAGAUCCCAGUUGCCUGUGCAAAGGAGAUUUAUUGCUGAUUCUUUGACUUUUAUCUGUAUAUGCUCAAAGUUAACCUUGAAUAAGGCUGUGCUAUUGCUCACAAAGUUUACUUGAAGUAUGGAAAUUAUUUAAUUAAAUUAUUUUGGUGUCCUGUAAUUCAUAAGAAUAUAAGAUAUAUUUGAUGUUGAUAAUAAAGAAAAACACUAAGAGAGAGGAAAAGCCACAUUAAGAAAUUUCAAACAAACAAAAUACCAAUAAGCAGAACUUCGAAAUAAAAGCAAAAGAAAAUAGCCCUGUGAAUUCGAAUAGGAAAACAGAUGCCAUGGCUGAUUAGGCAAAGUGCAGUCGAAAGACAAUAGAACGAAAAACCAGCUCGAAUUAUUCACUCGACUCAUCUGAGACCUCCUUGAAGAUGGUGGAACUAACAAACGUCUGCUUUGUGGUGGUGACGGCCAUUGCAAUCAUAACGCAGAUCAUGAUUCCUGCAAUUAGAGGUCCCAUGGCACGCCUCCAGCCUGACCUAGCCCUGUGGUUGGAAGAGCAGUCGCUGGAGAAGUACGCGGGACUCUUUUUCGACGCAGGGAUAUGGAGAUUAGUGGAUGUCGUGGAGAUGGGGCCCCUUCGAGGGCUGCCCCUGGUGGAGCAAGAGCGGACUGCAAUCGCCGUCUUUGACCUGAAGCAACGACUCAUUCUACGACACUUUCUGAAGAAGCAUGGCACCGAGUCAGGACUUCCAAGGCUGGAGACUCUAGGCAUACGUACCCUAAAGGAGGCUGUGUACAUGGUGGAUGCAUUUCCGCUUGAGUUUAAUGAUGAUAAGGACGACGGCCUGAACAGCCUCCUGCAGAGACUCCCGAGGUGAGUAUGUUUGUUGGCUUGAAA